UCAAGAUGCAUAGUUCUCUAAUUCUACUUCCCAUUGGAGCUGUUCUUGUGCAUGCUCAGUCACUGCGAACAUUGUCUCUGACGGCAUGCGCUACUCAAAGUGGCGUAGUGAACUGCUUGCGUGAUGGAACGACCGUACCAUGGACGACUCUGAGCAGUGCAGCAACAGCGGCACCUUCAACAACGGUUGCCCCCAGCACAACAGCAUCUGAAGCGUCUGCCGCUCCCACUGCGAUUACGGGUUGUCAUAUGCACGGAAAUACUCAAUUCUGUUUUGCUGGAGAUGCAGAGUACAAAGUCUUGACCACCGCCACGGCCACUGAAGAACUCCCAUCAGAAUAUACCGGANNUGUCAUGCUCAUGGAGCUGACAUGUGAGUCAUCAUACGUUUCGUACUCUCAGAUAGCAACUAACGGAUCCAGGUUCUGUUUCGACCCUCAAGGCGAAGAAGUCGAGGUCGUUGCCGAGGAUGCAGAAUCUCAUGAGGAUCAUGCAAGCGGUACAACUUCACCAGCAGUAACUUCAACCGCGGCUCCCGGUGCUGCUGAGGCACCCAAGGUGACGGCACUGAGUGGUUGCCAUAUGCACGAAACACAACAAUUUUGCAUGGGUCCUAGUGCCACAGAAUAUCUUAUGAAGAUCCCCGCGACUGCGACAGGAGAAUUGCCCACUCAGNNUACACAGGUUGCCAUGCCCAUGGGUCACAGCUGUGAAUUCUGCAUGUCACCUGCCGGUGGUGAAGUCCUCGCCCAGGCACAGACUGCAGAUGGAGAAGAAUCAGCUGGAGAAGUUUCGGCUGAUGGAAUCAGUUGUCAUGACCAUGCAGGUGUCCCACAUUGUGUCGAUGAAAAUGGCAACACUGUCGAACAGACUUGUGAGGCCGUGAACCGCGAUUACAACAUCCCUCUCCGUAUUGGUCUGAUUUUUGUCAUUCUUGCCACCGCGUCCAUUGGUGUUUUCGGACCAAUUCUCCUAUCGCUCGGCCGAUUCAAAAGCAGUGGUAUCGCCAUGUCAAUCAUCAAGCAGUUUGGAACUGGUGUCAUCAUCUCCACGGCACUUGUGCAUGUAAAACUCAUGUUCGCAAGCCACUGCUUGGGUGGUCUCAAAUACGAAGCCACAACCGCAGCAAUUGUGAUGGCAGGUAUCGUCCUCUCGUUCGUUCCCGAGUACGUCGGGGCCAGAAUCUUCCUCUGGCGUCUGUCAAAGCAUACCAAUUCUGCAUCCCCAACGCCUGAGCAGAGUCAAGACUUGAAGGGAGCCGAAACCAAUGAGGCUCCUGUCGGACAUCAUCACAUGCACUCUGGAGAUGCUCAUACACAGUCUCCUGCUUUACAAAAGCUCAAGGUCAACAUCAUGGAAGCUGGCAUCAUCUUCCACUCGCUACUGAUCGGUCUUACCCUCGUCGUUGCUGGUGACUCCGGGUUCAUCACACUCUUCAUUGUAAUCAUCUUCCAUCAGAUGUUCGAAGGUCUCGCACUCGGCUCCCGUAUCAGCGAUCUCCAAAUCCGAAUGGUGGAAAAACUUCUCAUGGCUGCAGCCUUCGCCAUCGUGACACCCAUUGGAAUGGCCAUUGGUAUUGGUGUCCUCAACCAAUUCAAUGGCAAUGAUCCCUCGACCAUCAUUGCAAUCGGCACAUUGGAUGCAUUGAGUGCUGGUAUUUUGCUUUAUGUGGGUUUGGUGGAGAUGCUCGCGCAUGAUUGGAUGCAUGGAGAAUUGAGCAAAGCACCGCUGAGACAUGUCAUCCCAGCUGCGAUCAGUUUGAUUGCCGGAUUAGUGCUGAUGAGUGUGCUUGGCAAGUGGGCA